AUGCGUCCCAAGCCAGUCAUCAGUCUCCGCCUCAAUCUCCAUCCCCCUUCGAACUCCUCCCACUUCACCGCCUCGGUGGCCCAGCCCUCUCCCCCAUUCCAGGCCCCGCGCGGCCGCGCCUGCUCUCGCGAGAGCCGAGCCUUGGCACAAGAUGGCGGCGACGUGAGCGUGUCCCCGCAGCGGGAGGAGCUGCAGCGGGAGCCACAGAACAAAGGCAGCGUGCGGACACGGGGAGGGAUGGAGGAGAGUUCUGGGAUGGGGCCUGGGGUCCAGGCAUGUCCUGCACCAUUGCCCUACUCGGACGUCUAUGGCAGCCCCAGUCAGAGCCCAGCAACCAAACCAGAGAAGGAGCAGCUGUCUCCAGCCUUCUCAGCGGAGGAAUGCAAGCACUCCAGCAGGACCAACACAGGAGGGGGUGUAAACAGCAGCCCCAGUGAGGAGCCACGCCUUCCAAAGCGCAGGCCCCCCUCUUCUGGGCGACAGUUCCCUUGCUCCAGCUAUGGUUGCCGCCUGGCCUUCCCCAACCCUGGGGAACUGGCUCAGCACCUGCACAGUCACUUGCAGCCCACACAGUCCAUGGAAGGGAAACUCUUCUACUGCUCCACGGCCAGCUGCGCAGAGAGCUUCCCCAGCAUGCAGGAGCUGAUGGUCCACACCAAGCUGCACUAUAAGCCCAAUCGAUACUUCAAGUGUGAAAAUUGCCUUCUCCGCUUCCGGACGCACCGCUCCCUCUUCAAGCACCUCCAUGUCUGCUCCGACCAGUCCCACAGCCCAGCCCCGGCCCCCCAGCCCCCUGCCCUGGAGAAGGAGCUGCCUGAUGCUCAGAGACCGGCCGGCCCCAGCCCUGACAAGGCCCCGCUGCUCACGCCGCUGACCCUGCAGCCGGAUCCUCUUCCCCGGGGCCCAUUCCCACUGCUGGAGGCCUCACUCUACAGCUCUGCCGCUCUGCCCUCCUACUCUGGCCAGGCCUCGGGCUCUGUGCCACCCCCCUUCCUACCCUACCUUGGUCCCUCUCCCUAUGGGCUGGCCCCUGGCUCUGGUCCCCAGCGCCUCCGUCCCUUCUUGCCUGCCCAGGCCCAGGGUCUCCCUAGCUCUGGUCCUGGCUCCAGCUCCAACACUAAUGCCGCUGUUUGGAAAAAAAAUCAGGGUUCCAGCAAUAGCCCCAGAAGGCCUCCGGGGAGCUCUGAAGGACCUUCAGGCCACUCUUCUACCAGCCGAAUCGUAUGGGAGCACACCAGGGGCCGCUACACCUGCAUGCAGUGCCCCUUCUCCACUGCCUCCAGGCCAGCCAUGACCCUUCACUUGGAGGAUCAUCGCAAGACUCCGCCCCCUGCACCACCCCCACAGCCACCAUCACCCUCCACACCCCCUCAGCUAGAGGCUCAGGGGGGUACAGUCUGGCCACUGGAACCUAGUCCAGGAUCAUCAAGCGGGCCUCCUUUACUCACAACUCAGUCACCCAGGGCCCAGGGCCCCUCAGGCUCAGGGGAGGACUGGGAUUUCUAGGGCUGCCUCCCCCCCCCAACAAGGCACCCCCUGAGGUAUGGAGCCACUGGCUGCCAGGCAGACUUUGCAGGUGGCUACAGAGACGGUCCACUCUCAGAGGCCCAGGCCCUGGUGACUGCAGGGGGUAGGGAGGUAGAAAACUAUUUUUAUAAAUAACUUAAAUGUUGCAUUGGAACUCUGGGUCCAGUUGACCUGGCAUGGCCCAGGCUCAGCUGGGGUGAGGAUAAUAAAACAGUUGUAUAGGAAGAAUUGGCCUGUCUAAGGAUAUGGGGGUCCAAGAGUCAUUGGGGUGGGG